AUGCAGUCGUACACCCCCGGGCAGCACCGCACCGCGUGCCCGAUGUGCGGCGGCGGCAGCGGCGGCGAGCGGUCGCUCGCCGUGCGCAUCGAAGACGACGGCCACUCCGCGGCGUGGAUGUGCCACCGCGCGACGUGCGAGUGGACGGGCGGGACGUCCAUGGACGACACCAUGUCGAGGCCGCGGCGGGAUAACUCGGACCGUAAUAAAGGGUUCGACGGCGCGGGCGGCGCGGGGGGCGGGGGCCUCACCAACGCCGCCGCGUUCCGCAUCGGCCCGGGGGGGAACCUCACGGACGCGGCGGCGGAGUGGGGCGAGUUUCUCGCGGAGCGCGGCAUCUCGCUCGACGUCGCGGAGCGCAACGGCCUCGCGGCGCAACGCGUCUUCUCCCCCGCGGCGGGCGAAGUCGUCGACGCGUUGGUGUUCCCUUACAUGCGCGACGGCGAACUCGUGAACAUCAAGUACCGCGGCCCGGAUAAGACGUUCUGGCAGGUCAAGGGCGCGGAGAAGAUCAUGUUCGGGCUUGACGACGUCGUCGGGCAGCGCGAGAUGAUCAUCGUCGAGGGCGAGAUGGAUAAGCUCGCGUUGGAGCAGGCUGGGAUCAAAAACGUCGUGAGCGUGCCGGACGGCGCGCCCGGGAAGGUACGGGAAGGCGACCUCCCCGCGCCGGAGGAGGAUAGGAAGUUCGAGUACCUGUGGAACUGUAGGGCGGCGCUGGACCCGGUGUCGAGGAUCGUCCUCGCGGUGGACGACGACGCGCCGGGGAUAGCGCUCGCGGAGGAGCUGGCGCGACGGCUCGGAAAGGAAAGGUGUUACCGCGUCGCGUUUCCCGAGGGAUGCAAGGACGCGAACGACACCCUGCGCGAACACGGCGAGGCGGCGCUUCGCGGGUGCAUCGACAACGCGGAGGGGUUCCCGCUCCGCGGUCUCUUCCGCUUCAGCGACUUCGACGACGACAUCUCGAGCUACUUCGGCGUCGACGAAGGCUCCGAGAUGAAGGGCGUGUCGAGCGGAUGGAAGUCCGUGGAUCAGCACUACCGCGUCGUCCCGGGAGAGCUCACGGUGGUCACGGGCGUGCCGAACAGCGGGAAGUCCGAGUGGGUGGACGCGCUGAUGUGCAACCUCGCGGUGCAGCACGGCUGGACGUUCGCGCUGUGCUCGAUGGAGAACAAACACGCGAGGAAGCUCGUGGAGAAGUACACCGGAGAGCCGUGGUUCGAGGGCAAGUACACGAACAAGGCGCGGAUGCGUCCCGAGACGAUGCGCGCGGGGCUGCACUGGCUCGAUAACCAGUUCGUGUUGAUACGUCACGAGGACGAUGAGCUCCCGAGCGUGGACUGGAUCUUAGGGCUCGCGCGCGCGGCGGUCAUGCGCCACGGCAUCCGAGGGCUGCUCAUCGACCCGUACAACGAGUUGGAUCACAAGCGGCCGCAAGGGCAGACGGAGACGGAGUACGUGAGUCAGAUGCUGACGAGGAUUAAGAAGUUCGCGCAGCACUACGACGUGCACGUGUGGUUCGUCGCGCACCCGCGGCAGCUGCACAACUGGCGCGGGGAGGCGCCGGGGCUGUACGACAUCUCCGGGUCCGCGCACUUCAUCAACAAGUGCGACAACGGGAUCGUCGUGCAUCGCAACCGCGACGAAAAGCUCGGGAGCUUGCGCGAGGUCACCGUGAUGGUCGCCAAGGUGAGGAACAAGGUGGCCGGGAGCAUCGGAGACCCGAAGCUGGAGUAUAACCUGAGCAACGGGCGGUACGAGGACCUGAAGGGCGCGGGGGAGCCGCUCGAGGAGUGA